UGUUGCUGCAACAUUCAGAAAUGGCCGCCGCCGCCGCCCGCCCCCUCGUCACCGUCCAACCUCUGGAAUCCGAUAUGGCCACCGACGGUGCUAGUCUUCCCCUCCCUCACGUCAUGAAAGCCUCUAUUCGUCCUGACAUCGUCAACUUUGUUCACUCCAACAUCUCCAAGAACUCCCGUCAACCAUACGCCGUCUCCAGGAAAGCUGGUCACCAGACAUCCGCCGAGUCAUGGGGUACAGGACGUGCUGUAUCUCGUAUCCCCCGUGUUCCUGGUGGCGGUACUCACCGUGCUGGACAAGGAGCUUUCGGUAACAUGUGUCGUGGUGGGCGCAUGUUCGCACCUACCAGGAUCUGGCGCCGAUGGCACAGGAAGAUCAAUGUGAACCAGAAGAGAUACGCUGUCGUUUCAGCCAUUGCUGCUUCUGCGGUGCCGUCGCUUGUUAUGGCCCGUGGUCAUCGUAUUGAAUCGGUUCCUGAGCUUCCAUUGGUUGUUAGCGAUUCUGCAGAAGGUGUUGAGAAGACUCAGAAUGCAAUUAAGGUGUUGAAGCAGAUCGGAGCUUAUGCUGAUGCUGAGAAAGCUAAGGAUUCAGUCGGCAUUCGUCCUGGAAAGGGGAAAAUGAGGAACCGUAGGUAUAUUUCUCGAAAAGGACCGCUGAUUGUUUAUGGAACUGAAGGUGCAAAGCUUGUGAAGGCAUUCAGGAAUAUCCCUGGAGUCGAAAUAGCUAAUGUGGAGAGAUUGAAUCUGCUGAAACUGGCUCCCGGAGGACAUCUUGGGAGGUUCAUUAUUUGGACGAAAUCUGCCUUCGAGAAGUUGGAUUCGAUUUAUGGGUCGUUCGAGAAGACAAGUUCGAAGAAGAAGGGUUAUGUGUUGCCUAGGGCCAAGAUGGCUAAUGCUGAUUUGGCUCGGAUCAUCAAUUCUGAUGAGGUGCAGUCAGUGGUGAAGCCAAUUAAGAAGGAAGUGAAGAGGGCUCCGAUGAAGAAGAACCCAUUGAAGAACUUGAACACCAUGCUCAGGUUGAAUCCUUAUGCCAAGACUGCUAAGAGGAUGGCUCUUCUUGCUGAGGAGCAAAGGAAGAAGGCCAAGAAGGAGAAGCUUGAUAAGAAGAGGCAGCCCAUUUCCAAGGAGGAAGCAGCGAAGAUCAAAACCGCUAGCAAAGCAUGGUACAAGACCAUGAUUUCGGAUAGUGAUUAUGCGGAGUUUGAUGUAUUCACCAAGUGGCUUGGAGUUUCACAGUGAUUUUCUGGUAUUCCAUUGGUUUGUUAAGUUUUAAAAAACGGUCUCGGAUAGAAGUUCAUACUAAGUACCUUGUGUUUCUUUCUCUUUUUGUGGUUCUGGUAGACAUAAAUUUUUAUCUGUGUUCUAUUGCUGGUUUGGUCUGGCAUAGAGUUUUGUUAUGAUUGAGCUUCACUUAAAACAUUGCCAUAUUCUUGUGUUUGUGUUGGUAUUAUGUUUCCAGUCCUU